AUUUUCGGAAUAAUCAAGUAAAAUUUAAAAUUAGUACAACUCAAGAGUUUCUUCUUGGGAAUUGUUAAAUAUAUUGUUUUGUAUAGCCACUACUCCGGUUCUAGUCUUGUAUGCAUGCAUGUUGAACAAUUGGUGUGUAACUUGGCAGCAAAUGAUGAGUAAAAUGAUUCCUUCUCGUGGAUGUGUCACCUGUUCUGCUGUUCAAGAAUCGUCAUCUCCUACAAGUGAGUGAGUAGGUUUCUCCAUUCUAAGUGGUGUGACAUAGAGCUACUUUUGUCCAUAAGCAAAGCUCAUCUUUUGAAGUUGCGAGUUUGCUUAAGAAAGUGUUUUCAUUUGGUAUUAGCCACCGCUGAGAAUAAGGAGGAAGGCAAGCGCCUCAAACCAGCAGCAAAGUCAUUGCCGUCUGCCGGAGUUGAUGUGGGAGGAUGUUAUUCCUCCAUUGAAAACAAUACUUGAAUCCCAACAUCAUCUCUCUCAAAUCCAACUCUCUUUCCAAGACAACAAGUUGGAAGGUUCAUUUCUGAAGAAUGGGUGGCCUUAUUCAUUCUGGGCUUUCUUCCCUAAUGGAGAACUUACAGGUCCAAAGGGCUUUUCAUUGUGUUCAUAUGGGAGGGGAGCAAGCACCGUGGAGCCUUUCCUGGUUGAUGAGAAGAAAAUCACAGCGAAGCAUGUAGUUUUCUGGGUUGAAAAGCGUUUGGCAGCUCAAGGAAUCAUCCCUGUUUGGAAAGAAUGAUUAUUAUUAUAUAUAGCAUUGGAAAACAAUAACACACGCCAUGCCUUGUGUAAUUAUUUCAUUAUCCAUUCUCCCAACACUUUUUUCGUCUGGUAUGUGCUAUCAGUGUGAAAGAAGGCAUCUUUUGUAACAAGCCAUCUACUUUUGCUCUA